AUGAAGGCAGGGGUAAUUUUUAAAGCUUGGAAGUGAAGACAGUAAUAACUUUUGUUUUAAGGGGUGAUUUUCAAAAUAUAAAAAGUUGGGCAUGGGUAAGUUAAAAAUAUCAAAGCAAGGGUAAUGUUGAAUUAGAAAAUUCACACUUGAACUUUAUAUGGGCACUAUGCAAUAUUAUACUAACAAACUUCUAAAUUUUUUUAAAGUUCAUACUUAAAAUUGAAAAAAUAUAAAAAAUGAAAACUUUUGAUAAAAAAGACUUUAAAAAUUCGAAUUUUAUUCAAAAAUAAUCAAAUCCAUUUCAGAUAAACGGUAACGACUUAACCUCGCCGUUAGCUGAAUAUCAGCCCGCAUUUCCCACGCCCAACCCACUCCAGCCUCGUCUACCACCGAUUCAGGCUGGUCUACAGGAUUUUCAACUCCCCUUCAUGACCCGCUCAUCCACUUCAACUGCGCCCUAUGGGAUGCGGUCGCAGGCCGCGGCCGGCAGGAAAGGCGGCCGGCGCCCCAGGGAAAUUGAGGAAAAGGUAAGGGAUGGGGGAUUUUUAGGUGGGGGAGGGUAGAAUACAAGCUUAAAAAUUUUUAUUUAAUUUAAUUUUAAAAAAUGGAAAAAAAUGACAAAGCUUAGUAAAGGAGUUUUAAAAUCCACCCCCAAAAACCCAAACCCUUUCCCAUUCAAAGCACUGCCAAAUCCCGACUCACCCGACCCUUAUAUAUGUUUUAUAUGUGUUAUAACAUUGCUCAUAACUUGAUUUGUCACAAAGCAAACCCAAAAAAAAGUAUUUAUUUGGGGGUGUUUCAUCGAAUUUAUGUAUCAUAGUUGACAAACUUAUUAAUACACGCUUAUUCACUUUGUGAGUAACCUGAAAAUGAAAAAAUAUGAUAUGGCUUGGUCAUCAUUUCUAUAAAAAUCGUGGCAAAAUUCAUAGUUAUGAUGUUUGGAUGGAAUUUACAGCAGGGUAGAGUCAACAGUAGGGGGGUAGAGUGAAGUGGGGCAGGUGUUACAGUAGGAUAGAGGCAAAAGUAGGGUAGGUGCAGGUACGGAAAGUAGCAAAAAAUGGGAUAGGGUAAGGCAAAAAACAUAGUACAGAGUAGAACAGACGGUAGGGUUAUUAUGGGGAACGGGCCGGGCCCACUUUUUCAGCCCGGCCCAAUCUGUGCUUUUCUCAGACCCGGCCCGAUAGUAGACCCGACUCGUUCCCCAUGUCUAGGUAGGGCAGGAUAGGGUGAAGUAGCUUAUUGUAGGAUACGGUACGGUAGGGUAGGGUAGGGUUGGGUAGGGUAGGAUAGGGUACGGUAGGGUAGGGUAGGGUAGGGUAGAGUGGGGUAGGGUAGGGAAGGGUAGGGUAGGGUAGGGUAGAGUGGGGUAGGGUAGGGAAGGGUAGGGUAGGGUAGGGUAGGGUAGGGUAGGGUAGGGUAGGGUAGGGUAGGGUAAGGUAGGGUAGGGUAGGGUAGGGUAGGGUAGGGUAGGGUAGGGUAGGGUAGGGUAAGGUAGGGUAGGGUAGGGUAGGGUAGGGCUAACUUUCUACUGUACCACUAGCAUUUUUUGUUUUUCCUUGUUUUUAAAUUGUUAAAACUGGCAAAAACUUUUUACUAAUCAAAAAUACUGUAAUUAAAAUUUUUUUUAUAAUUUUGAUCAAUUCUUUUUCAGGAUUACGAUCUAAACGAUGAAGAAAAGGACAAACGAGCAAAACGACGUCAACGGAAUAAAGAAGCCGCGGCACGAUGUCGGAAGCGCCGCCUAGACCUCAUGGAGUCACUUCAAAUCCAAGUCGACGCACUACGAGAAGAAAAUCGACAGAAGCAGUUGAUAAUCGACCAGUUGACUCAGCAAAAGAACAAGCUGGACGAGAUGCUGAGACACAACUGUCAGGUAGACAACCAGAUGAUCAAGGAGGACAUGAUCUACAACAACGACCUUAUGAUGAAGGCUCACAACGGCAACGACCUCAUGAUGAAGUCGCAGUUGAAGACCGAGGUCGAGGAGUACGAGCACCAACAACAGCUAUAUCAACAACGACUACAGGACAUGGAUAUGUACAAGGAUGACAUGAUGGAGGAGGCCAGUAACUACGCCAUAUCAUCGAGUUCAAUGCUCAUCAACAACGACCCCAUCAUAUCACAGGCUGCCUUGAAGAGGUCGCGACAUUCACCCCUGCCUUCGAUCAAUGAGAUCGACCCCACGGUCAGAAUGUCACAGUCACAUCCAUUUGCAAGGCCUACCAGUCUGCCCUUAAGCACAAUGUCACAGUACAGUAAUGAGAUGAAUCUACCAUCCAUCACGACGCCUAGCAGUGGAUUGGGUAGGUUAAUAUGGCUUGGUAUUCUUUACUAGUGGGGUAGGGUGAGGUAAUUGGGUAAGGUAGAGUGGGGUAAAUUAGAUGAGUUAGGCUUAGGAGAUUUAGAAUGUUGGGUAGAGUAAAGUAAAUUAGGUAGGGUAGGGUAGGCAAGUGUAGGGUAAAAUGGCACGAACUUUCUUUACAAAGGAAGAAAUGGCAAGGACCUCCUUUACAAAACAAGAAAUGGCAAGAACUUUCUUUACAAACGAGAUUCUGUUCAAAAUCAAAAAAGUUUGUUACCUGUCGUAUAACUUGUCACCCGCAGUCUGCAGAGCAUAAACGGGGCCUAAAAUAGCCGACAAAUAGCCUAAAAUUAGCCUAAAAUAAGCCUAAAAGUAAACUAAAAUAAUUUUUUUUUAAUUUAAAAAGCAAAAAGUGUAAAAUACGUUAUAUAUAGCUCUGAGAAAUAAAUUUUCAAUUUCUAGGUGACAGCUACAACCUCCUGAAUCAACAAACCUUCCUGACGCCACUGAUUCCGGGAGCAGUGCCAGUCCCCCUUCAUACUCCACCUCACAACGGCGAGUUGCGGCAACUUUAA